CUAACACUGUAUUGCACUGGAUAUAUAAGUACAGGAAUCCAGGCAGGCAGAGACCGGAGAAGGAGGAGGGGACGACCAUCGUGUGGGUGAUGGCGUUCAUGCGGUACCACCGGGCGCUGCCGCAGGGGGAGACGACGGUGGAGGAGUUCAGGGCGUGGCUGAGCCAGUUCGACGUGAGCGGCGGCGGGCGGAUCGGGCGGGAGGAGCUGGAGCGCGCGCUGCGCAGCCUCAACCUGUGGUUCGCGUGGUGGAAGGCGCGGGAGGCGAUGCGCGAGGCGGACGCCAACCGCAACGGCGUGGUGGACCGGGACGAGAUGCCCAGGCUCUACGCCUUCGCGCAGAGGCACCUCCACCUCAAGAUGAACGAGCUCGAGGACGUUGCUUCCUACUAGCUAGCAAAAGAAAAUGGAGAAGAAAAAAAAGGGCUAUGUGAAUGUGUGAUACUGUGAUCUAUAAGUUGUGAACUAGAGUGGAUCUUGCUUAGUGUUCUGAGAGAGUUUUUCGGUUGUUUUUGUGCCGCGUUUCUGAAAAAAAACGCAUGUUUUUCUGUACAUAUAUUAGCCUUACAUGCAGGAUAUGUAUGGUGCCAAUAUGGGGUUUCUCGAAGAAACGGUGCAAAUGUGUGAAUAAUAAUACUCGAAGACUUUGUCCUACUCCAUCCAUUUCAGAUAUAAGUAGUUUUAAGAUUCAAAUUUUCUAUCCGAA